UCCCUUUUUGCUCCACACCAAUUUGCUAUAUCUCUAUUAAAAAGGAACAUACUUAUAUAUAAAGAGCCUUGCAUCCUAUUCUUCCCUUCUUUUUUUUUCGAAACACUUCUUAUCAACGACAACAUUGCUAUCGUCGGGGGUUUAUCAGUUUUGUGUGCAUCUACACCAACCUUCGCCUUAUCGAAAUGAGCUCACUCGCCUGACUAACUUUUACUUCUUAUUUAUUAUAAUAGAUUCUUCCAAUCGAUACUUUUGAUUUUGAUAUCGAUAUCGAUUUUAAUUUUAAUCCUAAUUUAAACUUCAAAAUGUCCGAGACUGUCUCAUUGAAAAGACCAAGAUCGGAGUCUGAUGUGACCGAGGAGCCCGAUGAAAAAUACAGUAUCCACGCAGGAAACCAUCAGCAGUUAAUGAUGAAUCCGGCGGUCAUGGCUGGCAUGCCAAAUGCCCGUGGGUUGCAGCCAAACGUCGGCUUCCCACUUAUGCAAUAUUGUCAGAUGAUUCAACAAAUGCAGCAUCAUCACCAGCAGAUGGAGUACCCGAUGCCGAUGAUAAGAAAAGAUAAUAAAGACGAGGCAAACUCCGCUUCCACCACACCAUCAUCUUCUAGAAGACAGACUCUUAGUGCUGGAGCAGCGGGCCCUCGGCCUAUCCGAGUUCCACCUCAAUCCAUAUUCAACCCAAUGCAAUUCGGCAUGAUGCCUCUUUCACAGCAACAAAUUAUCGAAGAGCCAAGUACCUCGCCGACAACGAUGCCACGUCAGCAAUCCGAUCCGCACACUUACCAUAUGCCGAGUUUUCAGCGAGCCGACGAGGAGAUUUAUACGAAAUUCGUUGAUUCGGUUCGCAAACUGGCUGCAAAAUUGGCUGCUGAAAGGAGUUGAGAGGAAUUUUCAAAAUGUAUUCUAGAUCUCCUUUUUCUCUUUAAUAAAGUGUUUUUUUGUUU